AUGUGGCCCCUGGCCGCAGUGAUCGCCUUCCUGACGGUGGCCUUGUCAGGCGGUAUCUCUCAGGAGUAUCCCAAGAUUCUCAACGGCACUAAUGGGACCAGCGGGUUUCUCCCGGGGGGCUACACCUGCCGCCCCCACUCUCAGCCCUGGCAGGCAGCCCUACUGGUGCAAAAGCGGCUGCUCUGUGGGGGAGUCCUUGUCGACCCCAAAUGGGUCCUCACUGCAGCACACUGUCUGAAGGAAGGGUACAGAGUUUACCUGGGCAAGCAUGCCCUGGGGCGUGUGGAGGCCGGAGAGCAGGUGAGGGAGGUAGUCCGCUCUAUCCCCCACCCUCAAUACCAGAUCAGCCCCACCCACCUGAAGCAUGACCACGACAUCAUGCUUUUGGAGCUGCAUUCACCGGUCCAGCUCACGAACCACAUCCGUGUUGUGCCCCUCUCCCAAGACUGCCUCCCUGCUGGCACCUGCUGUCGGGUGUCUGGCUGGGGCACCACCACCAGCCCCCAGGUGAGUUACCCCCCAACCUUACAAUGUGCCAACAUCCAGCUUCGCUCAGAUGAGGAGUGUCAUCAGGUCUACCCGGGGAAGAUCACACCCAACAUGCUGUGUGCCGGCACAGAAGAGGGUGGCAAGGACUCCUGUGAGGGCGACUCCGGGGGCCCCCUGAUCUGUAAUGGAACACUCCAUGGCAUCAUCUCCUGGGGAGACUUCCCAUGCGGGCAGCCCAACCGGCCUGGUGUCUAUACUCGAGUCUCUCAAUAUGUUGUGUGGAUCCGAGAAACGAUUCAAAAACACAGAACCCAAGAGUGGAAACGGACGAAGGGGAAGGGCCCACUGUGUUGUCCUUUCAUCUCCCCCACAAGCAUCUUCACCCUCAGUGACCCCAAUACGCAGUGGUUAAAUGCCCAAGUCACCGAGUCCCUGAUUUGA